AUGAUAUUGAUAAAAUUAAUAAUACAAUAUCGAUGAAACAAAUUAUCGAAACAAUUUGGUUUAACGAUUGGAUAAUAGCUGUUAAAUGCUUGACCAUUAAUAAACGAAUAUUUUUAAUUAUUUUAUUUGCACAUAAUAACGUAUACGUAUAUGAUAUUUCUAAUAAAAAAUAUGAAGAAACAUGGUGUGAGGAAAAAUGUAUACUCUACGGUGGAUCUAUAUCAGGUGAAACGAUAAAAGAUUUAGUUAUAUUUAGUGGAACUGUAUUUCAGGAGAUAUUAAUAUGGAAACUAGACUAUGCAACUGAUCAUGAUAAAAAUGCGAAAAUAUUGCAUCGUUUAAUUGGACACAAAGGAGUAAUUUUUUCUGUCAUUUAUGAUCCAAACACAUCUUUUAUCUGUUCUACAUCUGAUGACAGAACAGUUAGAUUAUGGAAAGUUAUAGAAAACAAAUCUAAUACAUUAGAUUGUCAAAAUAAUAUCGAUUGGAAAAAUGUUGAAAUCAAAUUAGUUAAAACAAUGUUUGGUCAUGCUGCUAGAGUUUGGAGAGCCAUAAUCAGAAAUGACGUUCUUUUUACAAUAGGUGAGGAUUCGUUGAUAUGUAUUUGGUCAUUAAAUGGUCUAUUAUUAAAUAAAUUAUUUGCACAUCAUGGGGCACGGAUAUGGAGUAUUCAUAUAUCAGAAGAUAAUAAAAUUAUAUUUACGGGUGGUGCUGAUGGCGCAGUACACAUGUGGCCAUUUAUAAGUACUCCGAACAAUAAUUUACAGAUAAUAUCAUCAUUUAAAACAUCUUCUCGUAUUCCUAAAUAUGUAACUUAUUUAAACAGUGGAACUUUAAUAAUAUUUCACGAUGGAGGCAUGUUAGAAUGUUAUGACGAUGCAUUGCAUCUUAGAGAAUCAACGUAUUUAGAAAUAUAUAGUUCUUAUUGCAUAAUGAAAGUUUCGUCGUGUAGAUGCUAUAUUAGCUUUGCAUCCAGAUAUGGACAUAUAACUAUAUAUACAGAAAUAAACAAAGAAAACAAAAAAUACUUGCAUCAGAUAUUGGAGAAAAAAAUAAUGAAAUCAAAAAUAUUCUCUUUGCAAUGGUUGAAGAAUGAUAGAAUGCUAGUUUGUGGAGAAAAUGGUUCUUUACUAAUACUUGCCAUUACACCUAACAAUGAACUAUAUAUUCAUAGUGAAUAUAUACUACCAUACUCUCGAGAAGGUUGGAUAACAGCAGCUAUAAUUUAUACAAAUUUACUUGUUUGUGGAGAUAGAACAGGAAAUCUUUAUAUUUUUGAAACGCACGAUCAAUCUUUAAGCAAAACAAAUGUAGAUAAAAAUAUCAGUAAACCAAUACAAACUAUUUAUAAAGUUCAUGGAAAAAUAGGUGUUCAACUAUGUGCUGUAUUGAACAAGAAAUUGAUGACAGCAGGACGCAAUGGCAUGAUAAAAUUUUAUGAUAUUUUUAUGAAGAACAAUAGAAACUACUUACGUACUUUAUAUUCCAUAAAAAUGCCAAUGGAUUGGAUUAGUAAUAUAUUAAAUAUUAAUGAUGAUGUUCUUAUAACUGGAUUUAAAGAAGUUGAAUUUAUAAUAUACAGUUUGCAUCAUCAAAGAAUAGCAGUAAAAUAUCCUUGUGGAGGUGGACACAGAUCUGUGGAUUGUCUGAUAUUAAAUGAAAAUAUUAAAUUUGCAUAUAUUAGAGAUAAGAAAAUUUAUUUAUCCAGUCAUCAUUUAAAUUCUCUGUUUUUAUCUACACCUACUAUACUGAAUGGUUUUCAUGUAAAAGAAAUUUACAAUGUACAACCUAUAAUAAAUUUGUUCGAUCAGAAAAUUUAUGUAUCUGGAGGUGAAGAUUGUAAACUUCGUCUUACACAUAUUUAUAAAUCAGAAUUAAAAAGAAAAGACUAUACAUUUGAAACAUUAAAUAUUAUGGAUGGACAUAUUUCAAGUAUAAAGUCUAUAGCUAUUUUCAAUUUAAAAAACACAGAUUUGACUAGUACAUAUUUAAUUUUCUCAUGCGGUGGAAGAGCUCAAAUAAAAUGUUGGCAAAUAGAUAUUAGAUGGGAUGAUGAUGAUGAUGUGUUAUCCAACGAUAACGUUUCUUGCAUUGAUCUGAAUUCUCACAUGUUAUUUGGUUUAGAUCAGAAUCGUAGAAAACAAAUGCAAAAAGCAAAACAAACUUUUGCUAUUGAAUCUGAAACCCGUUAUAUGGAUAUUAAGGUCUAUUGUCCUUCUUUGAAGUCAACUUUCAUAUUUUUAGUUAUAGCCUGUGGUGAUGGAUAUUUAAGGCUAUUCAUUUAUAACAUUUUUAAAAAAGAUAUCAAUCCUAUAUUAUAUACCAAAUGUACUGCUCGUUGCAUUUUAAAAGUUCAUGUCUUAGAAUUGAAAAAUAUUAUAAUUAUAAUGACAAUGUCAACCGAUGGUAUUGUACGUUAUUAUAAUUUUACUGACAUUUUUUUGGAAGCAUCUAAAAAUAUGAUCUCUGGUAAUUCUAAUCUACAAAACAUUGACAUAAUACCUUUCGCAAUAAUGAAAUUACAUCAAUCAGGAAUAAAUAGUUAUGAUUUGAAAACUAUAACUGAAGAUAAGUAUCUUCUAGUUACUGGAGGCGAUGACAAUCUCCUUUGUCUUGUUCUAUUUCAAAUUUGUAUUUUAGAAGACGCAACUGUUUCUGUAGAAAUAUUAUCUAAACACAACAUUUCGUCUAUACAUUACGCACAAAUUACAGGUGUUAAGAUAACAAAUAACAAAAUAUUCAGCGUUGGUAUAGAUCAACAAGUUAUUAUACAUACUUAUUCCUAUAAUAAUAAUAAAAUAUUAGCACAAUUAUUGUCUACUGAAUUUACAUCUGUAUCAGAUGUACAAGGAAUGGUAUUAUCAACUUCUAUGAAGUCUAACGAUAUAUUUUUGUUUAUAUAUGGAAAUGGCUUCGAAUUUUUAUCAGUUUAAAAUAAUUCAAAGUUUAUACGCAUUUUGUAAUAUACAUAUAUCCUAAAAAUAAAGAGAUGACACCGACA